UCCAUGCAUGACAAGAAUGAGGAGUUUUUUGGGGGAGGCUCUAAAAGCAGCGCAGCGACGCAUGCACUUGCGCGUCAAGGGUAUGAAUCGGGGGACCCGGGGGCAUGACAGUGUUCAUUUUUGGGGUCCCGGGGACUUUCUAAGGCCACGCGGGGAAAUGCCCAUUUGCAGUUUAUGUCCAUUAUUCUCUUUUGUGGCCUACUCCAAUGGCACUCAAUUCACUUCAAUGGCAUUUUAUUCCGAUUGCGCGUGGGCGGUGCCCCGUGCGGCUCAAGGGGGUUCUGUCAGGCUGAGCUCGACGUAUGAGUACCGCCUCUGUCCCGACAUGCAAAGGACAUAGUUUGGGGUGUACUGCAAUUAAUUGCACGUACUAAAUUGCAAACGGGCAGAAUAGCGGCGUAACCGACGCGGUGAGGAAAAGUCCGAUGGGCCCGAGCUUUCAGUAUGUCGCACGGCUAGCGAGGCACUGUCGGUGCGCGACGUUCCGCAGUCCCACGUGAUUCGGAACCGCAUGUCGCUCCGUUUCGGAACCUCACCGAUACGGUCUAGAGGCGCAGGUGCACCAGAAGGUUUGAAGAGGUUUUUUGCCUCAGAUGUCGCAAGAUCCCCUUUUCGGCACCCGGUGUCAAUAUGUCGCCCGGUGGCCCGGGACGUGACGAGUCGUGCGAUUUGGGGCCUGCGGAACCUUUUCGGAAGAAGCCCACGUUCAAAUUACGGCAAUUCUUUUCCGUAGCGGCUACGCUGACGUGUCCCGAUCGUUACGAAUUUUGAGUAUGUUUGUCGUCAAUAGUCCCUGACGCGCCCCAUGCGACGGCGUUAUCCUGCGACAUUGUUUACGCACCGCUAUGGCCAAAAAGAUUGGCAAAGGCCGCGAAGGCACACUGUGAUAAAUCAGAGUCGGGCGAUCUCCCGCGCAGGCUAGAAAGGCCGCUCGACUCCGAAACUCCGCCCUCCCGUUACGUGGCCCGCCACUGUCUACGUGUUGAAAUUGCGUCGCCGCAGAGUUUUCCCGAGCCGAGUUGCCGACCCUAGCCCUAACCCUAGCUUUAAGCCCACGUCCAAUUCGGAAAACACCAACUCGGCCAAGGAACGUCGUAGAGACGUGCGGUUGGUGUCAUUUGAAAGCUCCCUCGGCCCCCUUCAAAACGCCCCCACCCCCAGGUCUCUAGGACCUCCCCUUCCGGAGAUAUAACAAAUGAGCUUAAAUAUUCAAAUGCCCGUAGCUCCGCCCCCGAAUGGGACACGUCCUUGAACUUGGGCUUGUUGGAAAGGUCUGAUUCGGGCCUUUCCAACGAACCCAAGUUCAAGUCUCUCCGACCUUCCUCAGCCAAGUAAAAGAGCCCUAAACUUUAGCCUAUUUCACUCAAUUCACUUCAAUGGCAUUUUAUUCCGGUUGCUCGUGGGCGGUGCCCCGUGCGGCUCAAGGGGGUUCUGUCAGGCUGAGCUCGACGUAUGAGUACCGCCUCUGUCCCGACAUGCAAAGGACAUAGUUUGGGGGGUGUGUAUUGCAAGUAAUUGCACUAACUAAAUUGCGAUCGGGCAGAAUAGCGGCGUAACCGACGCGGUGAGGAAAAGUCCGAUGGGCCCGAGCUUUCAGUAUGUCGCACGGCUAGCGAGGCACUGUCGGUGCGCGACGUUCCGCAGUCCCACGUGAUUCCGAACCGCAUGUCGCUCCGUUUCGGAACCUCACCGAUACGGUCUAGAAGUGCAAGUGCAUCAGAAGGUUUGAAGAGGUUUUUUGCCUCAAAUGUCGCAAGAACCCCUUUUCGGCACCCGGUGUCAAUAUGUCGCCCGGUGGCCCGGGACGUGCCGAGUCGUGCGAUUUGGGGCCUGCGGAACCUUUUCGGAAAAAGCCCACGUUCAAUUUACGGCAAUUCUUUUCCGUAGCGGCUACGCUGACGUGUCCCGAUCGCUACGAAUUUUGAGUAUGUUUGUCGUCAAUAGUCCCUGACGCGCCCCAUGCGACGGCGUUAUCCUGCGACAUUGUUUACGCACCGCUAUGGCUAAAAAGAUUUGCAAAGACCGCGAAGGCACACUGUGAUAAAUCAGAGCCGGGCGAUCUCCCGCGCAGGCGUGAAAGGCCGCUCGACUCCGAAACUCCGCCCUCCCGUUACGUGGGCCGCCACUGUCUACGUGUUGAAAUUGCGUCGCCGCAGAGUUUUCCCGAGCCGAGUUGCCGACCCUAGCCCUAACCCUAGCUUUAAGCCCACGUUCAAUUCGGAAAACACCAACACGGCCAAGGAACGUCGUAGAGACGUGCGGUUGGUGUCAUUUGAAAGCUCCCUCGGCCCCCUUCAAAACACCCCCACCCCCAGGUCUCUAGGACCUCCCCUUCCGGAGAUAUAACAAAUGAGCUUAUAUAUUCAAAUGCCCGUAGCUCCGCCCCUGAGAGGACCACGUCCUUGACCUUGGGCUUGUUGGAAAGGUCUGGUUCGGGCCUUUCCAACGAACCCAAAAGUAAGUCUCUCCGACCUUCUUUGGUCGAGUUAAAGAGCCCUAAACUUUAGCCUAUUUCACAUGUUUUACUCACAUAAAAACACUAAGUCCAAGCCAAGGUCUGUGUGCACACUGUGACCUUUAACCUCCAUGAGCUAAAGUGAACAAAACAUUAUUAAUGUGUGUCAUAUGUGCAUACAAGGCCUGCGCGCACACUGCGUGUCGUAUGUGCAUACAGGGCCUAAGUGCAUGCAUUAUUAAUGUGUGUGAUAUGUGUAUAAUGUGCAUACAAGGCCUGUGUGCAUAAUGUGUGUCAUGUGUGCUUAAUGUGCAGACAAGGUCUGUGUGCACACUGUGACCUUUAACCUCCACAAGCUAAAGUGAACAAAGCUUUAUGAAUGUGUGUCAUAUGUGCAUAACGUGCAUACAAGGCCUGCGUGCACACUGCGUGUCAUAUGUGCAUACAGGACCUAUGUGCAUGCAUUAUUAAUGUGUGUGAUAUGUGUAUAGUGUGCAUACAAGGCCUGUGUGCACAAUGUGUGUCCUAUGUGCACAGAAGACCUGCGUGCACACUUUAACCUCCAUGAGCUAAAGUGAUAAAAGCAUCGUUGAUGUUUGUCAUAUGUGCAUAAUGUGCAUACAGGGCAUGCGGGCAUACUGUGACUCAACAAAGUGCACACUAAAUUUCAUAUAAUUAAUAAAAAAUUGAUUUAGAAUUAAUAAAGUAUACACUACUUAGUAUAGUUCAAUGGUAUUUAGCUGUCGUAGUCCACAAACUGCAAAGGAAAGUGCGUGUAGUCCACAAUCUGCAAAGGGAAGUGUGUGUAGUCCACAAACUGCACAGGAAAAAGGCUUGCGAUCCACAAUCUGCAUCAGACAUAUUUGUUUACAGAGUUGUUUACAAACUCAAGGGAUCAAUGCAGAUAGUCCACAAAUUUCAUAUCCCAUUUCAUAAUACUUUAAAUUGCCAAGUUACCACAGUACCACUUCUAAUUUGUGAACGUUAGUGAUAGCUCUUUGAAUAUGGCAAUCGAUAGCUGCCCGAUCUGCUUUAAAAGCUUUUCUCAAUUGAGCCAGCACCUCCGGGUGACCCACGGGAUAAAGAACUUGACCGAGAGGAAGCUGCUCCUCGCGCUGCAGUCGGGUAGGGUCAGUGUCCGUGAGGGACACUGCCCUGUCCCGGCCUGCCAAAAGGAGACGUCGAGGCUGGACCGGCACCUAAAGUCUCACACAGAGCUCACGGUGGCAGCUCGCAGGGCAGCCGUGGCCGAGAUGAAGAGGAAGAAAGUCAUGUCGGACUUGGCUGCCCUGCGUGCCACGGGACCGGAGGUUCCAAUGGCUUCCACGCUUGACCUGGAGGAGGCGGAGGGCCGAGCGGAGAUGGCGAGCGGCGAUGAAGAAGUCUGUGAGCGGGGGGCUUGCCGGCAGGCGAGGGAGAUGGUGGCUGACCUCAACAGCCAGGUUGAGACCCUCUCUGGCACGUUAAGGGAACUGACCCGUCGGUUCCGAAAAAUGCAGCGGCGGUGGAAGAAGGGGCCUGCGGCGCACUUGAACCAAGUGACUCGUAAGUUAAUGGGGUCGUUCUCGGAUGACAGGGAGCACGACGGCGAGGAAGAUUUCGUGCCGCCUACCCCGCUGCAGCAUCCAUCCACCCCCCCGGCGUCCUCCUCCUCACAGCAGUCCAUUCCAAAUUCGCCUGGGCGCUCCGGCAAGUCCAGCCCCAACCCUCACUUCCCCGACCACGUCUCGGCCUUGAACGUCCUGAUGGAGCAGUACAGGGAUCAUCAAGAGGGGCCAGAUCCCACCCCGAAGCUCCGGGAGAACGUGAGCGGUAAAAUCUACCGCAUCCGAAAAUUUAUGGCGUACAUGGCGAUGGAGGGUGGAAGGCUUCAGACCCUCGAGUUUCUUGACAAUUCGGAGCGGCUCCGCAAGUGGGUGUCGAGCCUGAGGGUGACGGCAAUGAAAGAAACAACCUUGAACCACUAUUUAAAAAAUGUUUCCCAAUUUUUAGACUACAUUGCCGCCACCCCGCCUCCGACCUGCCGCCUCUCAAAGAAGGCCAUGUUGGGCAUCCGCAGGGAAGUGAAGUUGAUGCUGAGGUACAUGAGGCGCCCCGUCACGGUGCACCAGAUGUCGGUGAAGCGCAAGAAAGACGAGCGCCUCAUCAGCAAGGCCCUCUUGGGGCUUUGCAGAGAGCGCUCAAAGGCGGGGAUCAACGAGAAACUCGAGCAGCUGAAGUCUGAGAGGUCCCAAAAGGCACAGUACCUGCUUUACGGGUACAUGACGGCGUUCCUGGCCUCCAUCUAUGGCCACAGGUGCGGCGUUUACCAGAACAUGACCAUUGAGGAGGUCAGGAACGCCGUCCAUACGUCCGACACAUGGCUGAUAAAUGUCAACAUGCAUAAGACGAACCAGGCCUUCGGGCCUGCUCAGAUCGCCCUGAGCAAGGAGGAGUACGGAUGGUUCACGCGAUUCUUGGAAAUCAAGGAUGACCUUGUGGGCGGGCCUGGGGCAACAUUUUUCUUCUUCACUUCAUCCAAAAAACCGUGCAAAAACCUCAACAACUAUUUUCAAGCGGCGUGGGCGGAUAUGGGGCUUCCAGGGAGCCCCACGUUCACAGACCUCCGGUCCGCCAUUGCGACCCAUGCACGGAACGCGGCCGACACGGAGAGCCGUACCAAGAUGGCCCGUUUCAUGUGCCACGACACGCGCACGGCGGACAAAUUUUAUGCCUGCAAUCUGACGGCGAAGCAGGCGUGGGAGCACCGCACGCUCUUUGAGACGGCGCUGGAGGGGCCGGAUGCCACACCCGAAAAGAACACCGAAAGCCGUCCAAAAAAGGCGUCCCGGAAGCGGCCUGCUGCAGCGGUCCAGCCCGACUCCGAGUCGAUGUCCUCGGCGACGACGACCGAGGACGAAGACGAGCCGGUGUUCCAGGAGUCUGGCGUGUCUGCAUUGGAGUCUGACGAGUCUAACUCGGAAGACCACAGGGCUGGACCAUCGGCGAUUGCGCAGUGUAAAAAGCUGACGGUGACACUGACGCCACUGAAAAGGAAUCCACAUAAAAGGAGCAUCCAGAAGGUGAUGAAAAGCCCCUCCAGCGCCAAAUCGACACCAGGGAAACCGAAACGGCCAAAGGUCCAAAAGGUCUUCACUCCACAGGCCAUCGCCAAGGCAAAGGUGGCCCAGAAAAAGGUGAAGAAAAUGCUGAAGAAGCGUUCACAGAAAAAGAAGUGAUCCCCAGGCCUGCCCCAAGAUUUUUGGACUGUUCUACCCUGUUCUGCCCCGUUCUGCCCCGUUCUUACCCAUCUGCGUUCUGAACUGUUCUGCCCCGUUUUUUUUCGUCGUUCUUAACUGUUUUGCCCCGUUCUUUCCCCCGUUACGAACUGUUCUGCCCCGUUCUGCCCCGUUCUUACCCCGCCCCGUUCUUCCCCAAUGUGCCCCGUUCUGCAUCGUUCUUUCACCGUUGUUAACUGUUUUGCCCCGUUCUUUCUGCUUUGUGAACUGUUCUGCCCCGUUCUGCCCCAAUGUGCCCCGUUCUGCC